UCUGAUACGCUAAACCUAAACGCUAGCAUGAACCCACAGUGGCCGCCGCCGCCGCCGCCGCAGCCUCCCUAUGUGUUCCUCAGUUCCGGAGGUUACGCUAUGGGCAAUCUCUACACUGCUCUGGUUGAAGAGGGCAUACCUACAAUUCGAGAUAAUGAAACGCUGGAGUUGGGAUCUGGGCUGAGCUCAGAAGAGAAGGAAAAAAUGUUUGAGAAGACGCUGCUUCCACAACUCUGCACAUCAAUUGAAGAAUCGAAGCUUGUGAUUGUCAUCAUUUCAAUAAAUUAUCUGAAUUCGAGCUGGUGCUUGGAGCAGGUUGCCAAGGCUGUUGAAUGCAACAAACUAAUACUCCCUGUUUUCGAUGAUGUGGAUCCAAUUGAACUCCGACUUCAAGAGGGAUCAGUUGCGGAAGCUUUCUUCAAGCACGAAGAAACCUUUAAAGACAACCCAGACAAGGUGCGAAAAUGGAGAGAAGCUAUAAAUCGCGUACCCAUAUCGGUUGGAGUUGCGGAAGCUUUUUUCAACAACAAAGAAGCCUUUAAAGACAACCCAGAUAAGGCGCGAAAAUGGAGAGAAGCUAUAUAUCAAGGACCCAUAUCGGUAGGAUGGUCUUUACAGUCUAGGGAUGAAUCCCAAGCUAUUGUUGGAACAGUUUUUGAAGAAUUAUAUGGUUUUCCUGCACCUCCACUGGGAUUAUUAUUUCUCUAUUGCUCCCUCUUCCCAGAGGGUUACGAAUUCAGGAAACAUGAGUUGGUUCAAUUGUGGAUAGCUCAAGGUUUUGAUAUGAGAGAGCAUCGCGGAGAGACAAUGGAAGAUGCUGGCAUUAAGCAUUUCAACACUUUGGAGAGUCAAGGCUUUUUUGUGCGCUCCGGAAGAGCUGAUUUAAAAGUAGAAUAUGAUGAGGUGAUCACUGUGCCCUUUUAUGUCACCCCCAGCUUCUUCUACAAAGUAAAUCCUUCUAAGCUUUCACUUUUGGAAAACAAUUGCUCCAGUGCUAAAUAUUGCAGAGUUGUGGAUGGCAAGUUUGAUGAAGCAUCAGAAUCAAGCACACAACAUAUGUCUUUGAUUUAUCAAGGCAUUGAUGAGAUGGCUUUUGGUGUUAUUCAGAAAUUUAAGAAUCUGCGCACCUUACUUCUUCUCGCUGGUUGUCAGUCUUCCAUCAAAUGUGUUCCUGCUGAUUUUUUUUUGAGCUUAAAGUUUUUGAGUACACUGAAUUUGAGUGGAACGCUCAUUUCUAGAUUGCCUGGUUCUAUUGGAGAUGUCAAGCCUUUACGAUAUAUUGAUCUCUCACGUACGCCUCUUUCCAGGUUGCCGGACUCUAUCUGUUCUCUUGACCAGUUACAAACCUUGAAACUCAGAGGUUGUAAUGACUUGUUUGAUUUACCAGAAGACAUGCACAAGCUAACUGCUCUACGACAUCUCGAUUUCAAUAUCGGUCAACAGUUGAGUGACAUGCCUCCACACUUGGGAAGAUUGAAUCAUAUUCAAACCUUGUCAGUAUUUCUUGUUGGUACUCGUGAUGGGCACCGCAUCCAAGAGCUGAAGAAUUUAAAUGAUCUUACAGGAUUGCUUUGCAUUUUACAACUUGAAAAUGUGUUGAGUAUGAGAGAUGCUAGGGAAGCAAAUCUGGCUAGCAAAAAACACCUGCAGAGGUUGGAUCUCGAAUGGAUUUCUCUAUUUGCUGAAAAUACAAAGCUGCAAGAGGACAUCAUUGAUUCUCUUCGACCCCCUUCCACUCUCGAAGAAUUAAAUAUAUUAUCUUAUAGUGGGUCAAAACUUCCAUCUUGGUUGAGCCAUCGGUCAUUUGCUGACCUUAUUGUGAUUACCCUCGACAAUUGUGCAUACUGUGAACUUUUUCCAUCUCUUGGUCAGUUACCAGCGCUGAAGUUUCUUUCUGUUGUAAGGAUGGAUGCCGUCAAAGAAAUUGAUCAGACAUUUUUCAGAAGUGCCCAUGAACCAGUUGAUCAAGCAAUCCAAGCAUUUCCAAAACUCGAGAUACUAGAAGUUGACACCAUGCCUAAUUUGAAAGAGUGGAAGGAAGUAAAAGAAGGUGAUUUGCCAUCACUUCUUCAACUCAAAAUGGAGUGCUGUCCACAACUAGUCACUCUUCCAUCAUUUUUACACCUCAAAUCCUUGAAGUAUUUAAAGCUGUUUAAAUGCCCAAAGCUUGUGCUAUCGGACCACAGUAAACUACCAACUUCACUAGAGUCUUUGUUAAUAGGAGAUAGCUGUGAACUGAAAAGUUGGUGCCGCAAGGAGGGAGAUCAAGAAUUGCAGCUGGAAAGAUAACUCAUGUGCCUAUAAUCUGGUUUGUUGGAUUAAGAUCAAAGAUAAAUAUCUCAACCAUUUUGAACAGAGGAAUAGGAAACACAAUUGGAAUCAAAUAUCAGAAAUGACAACAUUCUAAAGUUGCCGAGGAACAGUGAUGUCAACAAUAACUUGCAUAUCCAAACACAUGACACAAACAAUUGAUAUGGAAAUUGUAAGGUUUCAAAUAAAUUAGAAUCAAGUUCCAAACCCUCCCAGAAAAUAUGUUGUUUUGUUUGUUUCCAUGUCAAACCCAUAUAAGUCAUCAGUCAUGAAUCUCAACUGCAGGAAAAGUGAUCUUGUUCCCCAAUGGAUGCAAAACUAUAAAAUGUCGAACAUGUGUGCAGAGUGGUUGCUUUGUUAUUUUUGAGUUAUGAAAUACUCAUUCGUUGCAACUUGACUGUAUGACCUUUGAGGAAAAUGCAACAUUGAUGAGUGUCCUUGGCAACAUGUGAAGGAGUAUUGUAACAAGGAUAUGUAUGGACAUGUAUUGUAACAAGGAUAUGUAUGGACAUGUAAACAGAUAAUUAUGAUAGGUCUUGGUAUGAAAAAUCCCACUGCAUCUUCUUGUUAUCCUAUCAGAUUUACGUGCAAGUUUGAAUAUAUAGAUUGUUAGUGGUUAUUUAUGUGCAACAUGGUAUUUU